UGGGAGAAUCACAACAAGUCUCUGCAGUUGGAGGCUCAGACAUACCAGAGGAUCCAGGAGAAGAUCCAGGAGAGAGUGAUGAACAACCUGGGAACCUGGAUUGACUGGCAGUACCUGCAUAACGCUGCAAAGCUACUGGCCAAGUGUCGCUACACACUGCAGUAUACAUACCCUUACGCCUAUUACAUGGAGUCUGGCCCACGCAAGAAACUGUUUGAGUACCAGCAGGCCCAGCUGGAAGCAGAAAUAGAAAACCUGUCAUGGAAGGUGGAGCGGGCUGACACCUAUGAGAGGGGAGUGGUAGGAGGCGAGGGGGAGCUCAGCGCCAGUGAUAGAGGG